GCCAUAAGAGGGGUUCUGGAACAGGUAAAUCAUUUGACAGAAACUGCCUCUUGUUGCAGUUUGCUGGAGCAUCAGGGUCUUAUCUCACAAGAAGACGGUUAUUAAAUUGAUUACAGCACCUGGAAUGACCAACCCAUUGGUGAUGAUGAGAGACAGAUUCUCCCAUCAUCACCAAUGUCAACAGACCUGCAGAUUACUGUCAAAUGUUUUGUGGUACAUACUAACCUCCAAAGAUUGUCAUAUUCAAUAUGAAAAUGGGGAACAAAACAGACCUCAGUGUGCUAUUACAAUUUGUGAGCUUAGAAACAAAUGUCUUUGAAUAUCGUGUGAUGGCAUAGAUUUACAUGAUAUGAAAAGUAGUGUUCACAACUUCAAAUUAUCAUUUUAUUUUUAAACUAGAACUCAAGCUUACAUUUCAUGGGAUUUUGCAAUUGCUUUCCACUGCACGGAUUACAAUGGUCAUAUUUGGCAUUAUAUCUGCAAAUAACUUUGCGACCGAAGAGCCUAAAAUAUCCGAUUGUUGUCAAAAUCCAGAGCCAAUCAGGUCGCAAUCCACUCCACUCCAUCCCAGCAUGCACUGGGAGCAAGGCGGAAGUCAGGCUGCCGCAGUGGUUCAGAAGCAACUGCGGGGCACCUGGACCCCACCCCCUGUUCUUGGGGUGUCAAUGCCUGAUGUGGUCCGCCGGAAAUUCCGGGACUGGAACAGAUGUUAGAAACACGCAAGUGCAAGGUUUACGAAUUAUAUUGCGUAAAUUUGUGGGUUUUUAAAAUAGUUAUUAAAAUAGUCUAUAUUUAACAGUAAAAUCUGGAAAUUAUUGCGCAUGCGCAUGCCAGUAAACAUGCAAUUCUGUGAAUUGAUUAUUUUUAAUUAUUAAAGUAAUCUGGAGAUUGUACGUUUCUAUCGGCUAUUAUAACUUUUGAAUCCAGUAUUAUUGAAUCAUUAAUAAUUUCAAACUCCUCUUGUACAUUAGACCUGCGCUGUGCAUCGCUGCCAAUACAAUACGGAGUGUAUGGGAAACAUUUCUCCUUGAAUUUGUUUCAUAUUGAUUUAAAAGUAGCAGGAGUGAGCUCAUCUGCCCCUGAACGAGGUUUAUAUGCCUACCGUGGUGCAGCGCUUGAGUCCGUGUAUGCUGUUGGAUUAAAAAAACAAACUAGAAUAUCAUUUAAAACAUACAAUUUCUUAAUCUAGACUCUAGAAGUAAAAAAAAAAAAAUUAAUAAGUUAAAAAAAAACAGCGCCUGUGCGCGAUAUAAGCAUGGACGCAUGCGCUUACCAGUAAACGUCAUUUGGUAAAGCAUGCGCAAUUUCCGGUUCCAGUCCAGGAACUUCCGGCGGACCGCAUCAGGCAGGCGGACCACAUCGGGCAGUGACAGCCCGAACGCACCCGCUGUCUUUACGCGUGACGUCAUGAACCGUCCCAAUUCUUAGGGACACCAAUUACUUCACUUCCUCUUCGGAGGGCACAUCAUAGUGGAAGACUUUGACUUCUAUAAUAUCUGCCAAUUUCGCCAUGGGGACCGUUCAUGCUCGGAGCCUUGAUCCUUUGCCCAUGCAAGGGCCAGAACUUGGACUUCAUUCUGAUGACAUUCAGUCUCCACUAAUAGAGCAGAAGGCAGAACAAGCAAUUCUUGAAAACAAAGACGUCGUCGUUCAGCGUGUGCACAUUGACGGACUUGAAAGAACCAAAGAGGACAUGUUGUCGUAUGAAAUUGCAGACCUCUUUAGAGCAAGAAAUUUAAUAGAUGUUAUGAGAAAGUCGCAUCAAGCCAGACAAAAGCUUCUGCGUCUUGGAAUCUUUAGAACUGUUGAAGUUAUAAUUGACAUUUCUGGAGGUGCAGAUGCUUUACCUAAUGGCCUGGAUGUAACAUUUGAGGUCAGUGAGUUGAGACGGAUUACAAGCAACUGUACAACCAGGGUUGGAACCAAUGACGGGAAUGUGGUUGUGGGAAUGAAGCUACCAAAUGUUUUUGGUCGGGCUGAGGAUUUGAGUUACCAGUGCUCCUACGGCACCAAUGAAACCUCCUUUGGCCUGUCCUUCUUCAAACCACUGCUAGGACACUUCGAACGCAAUGUAUCGGUCUACCUGUAUAAAGUCACUGGUCAGUUUCCCUGGAGUCCACUUAAGGAGGCAGAUCGUGGAGUCACUGCAGAAUUUAGCUUUCCAUUGUGGAAGACUAACCAAACUCUUAAGUGGGAGGCAGUGUGGAGAGAGCUUUGCCACCAUGCUGGAAGUGACUCCUUUCCUGCUCAGGAGAAAAGUGGCCUGUCUUUUAAAUCUUCAAUUUCGCACGCAAUGAUCAUCGACACAAGAAACUCUUCCAUUCUUCCAAGUAAAGGCAGCCUGCUAAAGAUCCAUCAGGAGCUAGCUGGUUAUACUGGAGGAGAUACCAGUUUCCUGAAGGAGGACUUCGAGGUUCAGAUUAACAAGCCACUUGCCUGGGAUUGUGUCAUGUCUGCUUCAUUCUGGGGUGGUUUACUUGUACCCAUUGGUGAGAAUCCUACAAUCAUUUCAGACAGGUUCAACCUUGGUGGAGCCACCAGUGUCAGAGGUUUUAAUACGUACAGUCUUUGUCCAGCAAGUCAUGAAGAUUUCCUAGGAGGAGAGGCCUACUGGGCUGGUGGACUCCAUCUCUAUACCCCAUUUCCAUUAAGGCCGUGGAACUCUGGUGAUGCCUUACGAACACACUUUUUCCUAAAUGCCGGAAAUCUUUGUAACCUUAAAUAUGGAGACUGUCUUCAAGUGCAUCUGGUGAAUCUGGCAAAGUGCAUCCGAUGGUCAUAUGGACUUGGAAUUGUUCUGCGUAUCGGAAACAUUGCAAGACUGGAACUAAAUUACUGCAUACCAAUGGGAGUCCAGAGUGGAGACAGGGCUUUGGACGGAGUCCAGUUUGGAGCAGGGAUCCGUUUCUUGUGAAAUCGCAUCACAUCAUUAGCUGCAUAUCUGAGUACCAAUUAUUCAUUUUUGUUGUCACAUCCCUGGGCUUUGUACAGUACGAUAUUUCUCCAUGAAUUGUGAGUGGAAAGUUGCUGAUUAAUCAAUUCCUACUUUACAUAACACAUACUCAAAAGGGAUGAACAUGUUUCUCUGCGUGAACCCUAACAAGCAGACUUGCUCUGGUUUGAUACUCUUUACAGCUCUAAUUCAACAUGUUUCAAAUGUAACAUGCCAUUUAAACUGCACUAAAUAUAAUCUCAGGUGUAAGCCUCAACUUCAUUAAUUUAUCAUUAAUGCCUUGAGUUUAUGUUCUUCUUUGCCACCGUCUAGCAAUAUCAAUUUGCUUUGCCAAUUGUUCUGGAAAUGUUCAAUGAAGAAAGUUGUAUCAAACUUGGUCUCCAAACAGAGUUUUAUUCAAAGCGUUGGGUGAUCACAAAGCAGACAUCACAUGUAGUGAAGGACGACACCAAACUCAGCUCUGUCAUCUACUUCUAUACCAAGUGCCUGGAAGUACUAAGUAUUUGCUGCAGUAUUUGCAUCCCAGCGUGGUGAUAACAAAUGCGAAAGCUGAGGAUGCUGUUUUGAAACUCACAGGAGACAUGGAGGGAAACGACACAUGCAUGGAUGUGAGGAGGUGGGGCUAGUGGAAAGUAAUGGCAACUCCAAUAAUGACAACAAAAAAAUGAGCAUGACGCAAAAGGGGAGCAUGGUGAGAAACAAAAAUGACACAUUGAAGGUAUUGUAUAAUGUGAGUUACCACAAAAAUCGCAUAAGCAAAACAAAUUACCCCACAAAGCACAUCAAAUACAUUAGCACUAAUUAUACACUAUUUAAAGAUUACGGCAGGUCAGAUAGCAAAAUGAAAAUUGAAUAUACCGUACCAUAUUUUACCAUACCAUAUUUAUUUAUAAAGCACUUAAACAAUGACAAAAUAUUGUCGCUAAAUACUGUACACACUGUAAAAUCAGGAUAAAACAAAAAAUAAUAAAAUAAUAGACAUGAAAUUAGGACACGAAAGGCAGCAGAACCGUUAAGUCUGAAAAAAAAAACAAAAAACUAUUGCACUAAUAAAAUGACUAAUAAGAUCAGCUUUGUGGUUGUAUGAAAGGCAAAGAGUGAAAGUGCAUUUUAAUUAAUUUAAGUGUUUAAUGGUUGUAAAACUGGUUGGUGCCUGUCUAACAUGAGGAGGGAGGACACGUCUUGAUGACCGCGCUGAUCUGAGAAUCAAAUUUAAAAUCACUGUCCGUCUUUAAACCAAGUUUUCUACUGGUGGGUUUAACAUAGUCAGACAGAGGACUCAAGUUACAUGACAGAGGAUCACUGACAUUACUGGGCCUUAAAACCAUCACUUCAGUCUUUUCAUCGGUAAAACUCAGGACAUUUAGGGCCAUCCAUUCUUUAAUGUCUAUCAGAAAAUCCAAAAAACAAGUGGAUUCACAGCGAGGCCAAGGGAAAUAUAACUGACAGUCAUCUGCAUAGCAGUGGACAGAAACACCAUGUUCCUUGAUGACGGCUCCAAGUGGCUGAAGGUAAAGUGAGAAGAGUGGCCUUAAAAAACCCUAAGGAACUUUAUGCUCAUAAUUCUGUUGGACAAGUAAGAUUUAAACCAAUUGAGCGCAGACCCGGGGUUCCCCAGAGAGGAGGAGGCGCAAAAUUGAAAUGUUGUGUUGACUGUAUGUCCAGCAGCACCAACACACUAUUCUGCCAUAUGCAUUGCAUACAGAGGAUUGAAAUGUCAUGACUCGGCAGCCCAUGCAGUGGCAUAUACGACAUUAAAACAUGUAUAAAAUACAACAUAACAAAAACUAUGUAAAUGACAACAAAAACAUAAGCCUGCGACAAUCCUGCCGAACAGCAGGGGUUGUAAACAUUGAACCGUGGUUCAGGCUUGGGCCUGAAUUUAACCGGAUUUUUAAAGGAAAAACAGUGUUUAGAAUAGACUGACAGGAGGAAGCCAGGUGGUGAGCUGUUCAGUAUCUGAUUGAAUUGACUCUGACACAGUGAUAUAUUCAAGGGCUGACGAAAAUUGACUGGUGGAGGAGUUAACAAUCCGACAGCAUCAAACUGCUGCUGGAGUUUUAGAUACUGCAUCCUCAAAUAUGACCAGUGUUCAGAAAAAAAUAGUUUUCUCAACCUCCAAGUUGACUAUGAGAGAGGACCAAGUCGAGUGUGCGUCCUGUCUAUGGCUUGGGCUUACCUGCUUCGUGUUUAAUGAUUCCAACAUGAUCUGAAAGUCCUUCAUCAGGGGCUUCUCCAGACAACUAACAGAGAGAUGUUGCUGUUGCUGUUCCUCUUCCCCGGCCUAAUGACCGUGGGGAUUUAAUAUAAUCAGUUUUCGGGAAGCAAAGCCCGCGUCUUCAGCUGUCAUCCACGCCACACUGUGAACACAGAGAAAAUCCAGUUGACGCAAGUUGAAGAAAUCCCGGAGGACAGAGAUCUUGCUUUCAUUGUAUCAUACAUUUCAAGAUGGUGCCAACGAAAGCUGACCUGGCAUAAUGCAAGUUAUUUUCCUGCUUUUACAUUUUUGACAGUGAAUCUGUGUGUUCUUACACUCGAGAUGAGUUUCAGAUUAGAUGAGAAUCUGUUUUUAUUUUUUAUUUUUUGUCAGUUUCGUAGUUAGCCCACUUGUUGGCUUGAGGAAAGAGACUGAGGAGGAGACUGUUGUUAUACUUUAUAAGCGUUUUAAAAAAUUGAGGAAUGGAAUAUGUGUGUAAUUUAAAAAUAAAGGUAGAAAUAAAAGCCUUUCAAUUGUCUUUGAAUCGUGUAGAUUCUUUGCAUGUUCGUUCAACUGAAUAAUAAUGUAAUAUAUUCUCUCUCUCUCAGGGUGUAUGCUGGGAGCGAGGUGCGUGAGUGGGUGUCCUGAGCGAGUGGAUUUUUCGUACUUUAUUUCAUUUAGUGUUAAUUAAUA